AUGUGGUCCAGGUCUCCGAAGUUAGUGGUAUUGGUGGAACUUACUGUCCUUUGGGAGGAGAGAGCAGAUGAAGCGUACGAGCUCAAGAAGAGAAAAUACCAAGAUCUUGCGCACACCUGUAGAGAUAGAGGUUGGAAGACUUUGGUCUUCCCAGUAGAAGUUGGAUGCAGAGGAUUUCCACCACAGUCAGUGUGGAGAAUGCUAGGAGCAGUGGACAUUAAAGGAAGAGCCCGAAAGACCGCAGCCCAUGCACUUAGAAAAGCUGCAGUGCAGAGAGAGAGCGUCAAGUUGGCUCCGGCUACGACGCAUCUUGUAGUGACUGAUCAACACUCCCUGCCCCGCUAUCUAGACGGUGUUUCGAGAUAA